CAUAAAACUCUUGUGACUCCCAAAUUUUCAUCUUCUAAUGAAGAAUGAUGCACGUGUCAAGCACGUGAAACCUUUAUUUGAUUUUGCCAAAAUUACCCUUGACUGACCGCCACCGGUUUUAUUCUCUCUGGUUCUCUCAGUCUCAACUCAGAGUACAGAAAAGAAAAGAAAAAAGAGGAAGAGAAGUAAAAUGGUGCGAACGAAUCUGAAGGGGGAGACGAUGGGCCUGAUGGAGAAGAGGACUGCCCUGGAGGCGGAGAUCAACGCCAUCAUCGAGCGUCUUACUCAGCCCGGCGGCCCUGGAAUCUCCGGCAACCUCCUUGACUCCGAGGGUUUUCCUCGCGAAGACAUUGACAUCCCAGCUGUGCGAGCGGAAAGGCGUCGUCUUGCGGAAUUGCGAAAUGAUCACAAAGAGGUUACCGAGAAAUUGAACCGAAAUAUAGAAGUUCUGCAUUCGGCAAGGCUUACUCCGAAACAAUCAUCACUCAAAGAUUCAGAUGGCCAAAGCGCAUCAGUUGUCAACGUGGUUGUAUCUGCAUCCUCAACCAAUGUUCAUACUGGUUCUACCAAUACCAUGGAUGUGGAUGUGAUUGUGAGUGUACCCUUUGCGUUGGUGGAUGAGAUAGCUGAUGAAUCACCAGCAGCAGAGGAUGGUUUGCAGCUUGGAGAUCAGAUUGUUAAAUUUGGUAGUGUAGAAAAUGGCGAUAAUUUGUUGCAGAAACUUGCUUCCGAGGCUCAAGCUAAUCAGGGCCGUGGGAUACCUGUAAUACUUGUAAGGCAAGGUGCUCAAGUCAACUUAACCAUGACACCUACAUGGCAAGGCAGGGGUCUACUCGGCUGCCAUUUCCGGAUCUUGUGAGCGUUCUGUUUUCCGGUUCUUCACAAGCCAGAGGACUCAAAGACAGUUUAAUGAACGUUGGUUAAGAUGGUGCUACAUCUUCUCUUCGACUUCUUUCUCUGCCGCGAAAAAAAAAAAAACACGUUUAAGUUAAUGGUAGCUUUCAGAAAUAGCCCUUUUUAUUACAUCAUGUGUGGUUUCCUAAAGUCUUUCUACAGCUUCAUUGCAGCUGCAUCAAGCUCAUUUGUGAACCGUGUUGCAUUGACAAAUGAAAAGUUUUUCGGCGUGAUUGUCACACCGUUAUAUGUUAUUAAUAAUGCCCUUGUGACUGAAAUAUUUGUGUCUUUCCAAAUUGUCAAACUCCAAUUAAGGUCAUGCCAAUAUGAUGGCUGUCACUCUCACCUGUAGCUUAGCCCAUCUUCAAAGGGCAGAUGAGGCAAGAUAUUGCAUGUUUGUAAUUUAUGGUUUAGUCGAACUGAAUGGGGAGAGUAUAUAAAAUCUAUUUACUCGAGUUUAAA